UACUUAAAUUAAUAAAAAUACCCAAAGAAAACUAAAAUACCAUACUAUUAAGUUGUGUGCUAAACUAUUAUUUACUUUUACGGUAUUAGAUAUGAGCUGCGUGAGCGAUUUAUCUCAAUCUAAUGAAUAUUUAAGUUUUCGAAGUAGUAUUCCUCUUCGAAAAAUUGUUGUGGAUUCUGAUAGUUCGAAGGCCUGGAAGAUAUUUGACUGUGGCCCAAAAUCUGUCGCUUGUCCAUUAAUAUGUUUACCACCAGUGUCUGGGACUGCAGAUAUAUUUUUUAAACAAGUUAUGGGUUUAGCUACUAGAGGUAUUCGUGUGAUAGCUGCAGAACCACCUCCAUACUGGAACUUAAAAGAGUGGUGUGAUGGGUUCAAACGCCUCUUAGAUUAUCUAGAAUUGGAUAAAGUUCACAUAUUUGGAGCUUCCCUUGGUGGUUUUAUAGCACAGAUUUUUGCAGAAUAUACAAAAAACUGUCCUAGAGUAGCAUCACUAGUUCUUUGCAAUAGUUUUACAGACACAUCUGUAUUUGAAUACAAUGACUCAUCAGCGUUAUUUUGGCUUUUACCAUCACUGGUGUUGAAAAGAAUGCUUAUGGGAAAUUUUACAACUGACAAAGUUGACAGAAGAAUAGCAGAAUCUAUAGACUUUAUGGUAGAAAGGUUAGAAUCACUGAAUCAGUCAGAGUUGGCAUCUAGAUUGACCUUGAAUUGUUCCCCACAUUAUGUUAAACCACACCUACUCAAAGACAUUCCUGUAACUGUAAUGGAUGUUUGGGAUGAAAAUGCUCUAAGUGCACAAGUGCGAGAAGAUAUGUACAAAUCCUAUCCGCAGGCAAAGCUGGCUCAUUUAAAAAGUGGUGGCAAUUUUCCAUAUCUGAGUAGAAGUGAUGAAGUCAAUUUACAUUUAUUAAUACAUUUGCGUCAAUUCGAUGGAACAGAUCUGACACCUUCAUUUCUCAAUCUACAUAAACUUCCUAUUUCACAUACAAAUCAACCAGAAGAGGCAACUGUCAGCUAUUUUAACCAGCCUGAAAAAUUUGUUACAAUUACCUAAGUGGCCUAUUUACUGUUAACAUUAUUUUUAUAAGAAUAGUUGAAAGACAUAUAUGUAUUCGUUUUAAAGCUGUAGGAUAGUUUUUAUAUUGAUCAAACAACAUAAAUAUUAGAGAUGGGCUGAAUAUAGAUUUGAUUGAAUACAUACUUAAACCGAAAAUUUUGUAUACAUCAUAAACUAAAGCCGAGUCGCUGUCUGAACUUUGAUUAUUCGGGUUAUGAGCAUUAAGAAAACAGUUAUAAUAUAUGACACAUGUUCAUGAAAUGAUUCAUUGUAUUUGUUAUUUUAUCGAACAGUUGCCAAAACACUUUUCAUUAUUCUUUCAUGGUAUUUGGUGUAUGAAUUUAAUUUGGACAAGGUUUAAUAAUAGAAAGUGAAUCUAAUUUUAGCUCAUGUCUAUUAAAUAUGAUGUGUAGUUAUGCUAGUCUGCUCAUUUAGAUUAUAUUUAAAUAAAAAUCAUUGAUAUUUAAUAUCUGUAUAUUAUGUAAGUAUAUGAAAAUUCAGUCUUCCUAACAUCUGUCCAGAAAGAAGUCGAAAAAUAAGUAGCAUAAUGUUUUUACUAAUCUUUGUAAAAAAGCCUUCGAAGAUUUACUAGAUAUUUACUGCCUCAGAAGCAUCACAC